AUGUUUUCCAGGCUGCUUAGGCUAUUUCGGAGAGAGAAUGGUGAUCAAGGAGAGACCACUUCCAGUAAGAAAGAAGCUGGCCUCCUGUCUUGUAAAAAAGGAAGACUGAAAUCAUUCUGGGGAAGGCACAGCUCUACUAGGCAAACAUCAUCCCAGAAUUCCAGCAUCAGUAACUGGAAAGAGAUGACGAGAUUGGAAGAACUAAAAUUGAAGAUCAAGAAGAUGAGCUUUGAGGAGGAAGAAAUUAGUCAAAUGCUGAACCUCUACAAUUAUGAUGAUUUGAACUACAGGAUGAACAUCGAAUUCAAUAUCAUUAAAAGUAACCAUGAAAAGACCAUUAUGAAUAUCCAGAAAAUGACCGAGUCAAUAAGUGAUGCCAUGGAGAGAUACAACAAGCUCAUAGAAGAAAACCAUUCCUACAGCACCAGGCACUGCCAACUCCUUAGAGAAUGUUGUCAACUGAAAGACAAUGUCAGGAUAUUGCUGCAGGGAGCAAACAGAAAUCUGCUGGUAGAGCAGCGUGAACCACAAAUGUCCUAUGGAGAAGAGAAGAGCUUCUGUGAGGAGGCCAACAAGAACAUCUAUGUCCCAAGUGCCUCACAUCAGCAGACCCCAUUGAUUGACCCUCAUGCCAGGUCACAUGGCAUCCAAUGUGGGGCAGCAAGAACAAGAGACUCCUUGAGGGACAGUACUGAAAGAGGGGUUGUCGACUGCAAAUUCAAAAGUAUAACAAAGGUGGUCUCUGCUGGAACCUGCUACAUUGAGACUGGUCUCCUAUUUGGUGAAGUGUCUUUAGAAACAGUGGAAAGCAUGCACAGUGGUAAAGCACUGCACAUUCCUCUCCAGUCCUUUCACCAUUUUGGCCCUCAAUGCACUUUGCUGCUCAUUUCCCCUCAGUCUCUCCUUCUUUCAGGCCAUAAUCUCCACUUUUCUAACCUGCUCUACAGCACCUUGCCAGUUUUUCUGACCUCAAAGGUCCUACAGACUGUGCCUUUCUCCUGA